CGCGGAUCUCUUGUCGUCAUUGCCGGCUGUGCGGCUGAAGAUGGCGGAGAAGAUGAUCUUGCAUCCGAGCAGUUCAACAGUCGUUUUUGCCGUUCUGCUGAACGUGUUCUUUACGGGAACCUACGGCAACCAGGUGCCGCUGAUAUUGUGGUCAAGUGGAGGGAGCCCGAUCCCCGAGGCUUCGCCUCCAGCGGGUCAUGUUGUGUCCAGUUCCCAGCUGUCCAGCCUCCUGGCAUCAGUGCUCAGCUCAGGCCCACGCGCCGUGGUACUUUUCCAGCAGGACAAGUUAAGCAUAGAUGACUUCACGGUUUUCGGAGGGGUGUUUGGCAAUGAAGAAGACGGCGCCUUUCCCAACCUUAAGUCUGCUUUGCAGAACUCCUCUGGCCAGCUGGUUCUGCCCUCAGUGUCACAACUGGGUUCAAGCAGGAUCGUGCAGCUCCUUCAGGAGCAGCUGAGAACAACCCCACUGUACCUGGAGCCCAAAAACCUAGCCCAGCUCCAUCUCAGUGCCUCGGAUCCUGCCCUGCUGGUCGUCCGACUACCUUACUCUGGAACUGAUGUGUCGUCUUCUAAAGAUGAUCUAAGAGCAAACGAUGGAGUCAUAGGCCGUAUCCUAGACAUCAUGAAGGCACAGGCCAUACCUUACACUGCUAUAUACACCGCUCACGGACCCUCUCAGGUGAUACAAGAGCAGUCUCUAGACUCCCAGCUGGUGGGCCGCUCUCUUCUGCAGACCAACGUUUACGCUCCGGUGCAGUUCAAUGACUCGUCUAACAACGCCUGCAUUCUGUUCUGGGCGAACAACUUCACUGUCAGCGUUUACCAGGGCAAGUGGGAAAUGACGAAUCUGACGACUCAGACCUUUGCCCAGACCCCCAAGUUGGAUGGAUCCAAAUGCUCUGAUACGGAUUCAAGACUCUCCAUCAACUAUGAAAAUGUCCUGGGCUUCAAGUCCUUCCGUGUUACGUUCGUCAUGAGUCAACGUGAUUACAAGGUGUCAGCACGAAAAUGGUUCACCUUGGACCAGAUAUUGCUGGAAUAUGACAACCAGAAUACCACCCUCAAUGACACCCGUGACAUCUAUGCCCCUGGCGAGUACUCUUACCACUGUGAAUCUGUCAACAUUUUCAGCAGUGCCCCACGCACACCCAGUGCCACCCAGUGGAUGCUCACCUUCGGUGGUUUCCAGAUCCAGGGAUUCAGUGUGACCAAGGGUCGGUUCUCCUAUGCCAAUGACUGUGCCAGCUUCUUCACACCAGCAAUCUGGAUGGGCCUGCUGACAUCACUGCUCAUGCUGCUGAUCCUCACCUAUGGUCUGCACAUGAUCAUGCAGGUGUGCACCAUGGACCGCUUUGAUGACCCCAAGGGCCCCACCAUUUCAGUGCCCCAGAACGAGUGACAGGAGGUGCGCCAUCACCCAAAAAAAUUUCCCCCCCCCCUUCUGUUGCUCACAAGGCCUUGCAACAUGUAAAAUGAGUGGAAUAACUUUUCCUUUCAUCUCUUCAAUUCCUUCUUCUGAACAUCGUUGUGAUAUUGUUUUAUUUCUGUCUUUUCUCACUUUCCUGGAAUUCCAAAACCACUACUCAUUUAUCUGAGACUUGUCUCCUACCCCCCAAGCAUUUACAGUUUAUAAUUUAAUUUCAAAACUAGCUAUAUUUUUGACAUACUAUGCAAGUGAUCUGUUCAAUGCAGUACAGGAUCCUAAAGUCAUUAAGUAAUUUUACUUCAAUGAAAAACAGUGAGAAUUUCUUACUCAUGAACAGUAAAUGUUAAUCUUUUCUCUGAUUACAGCUACUGAGUUAUUUGCCAUUUGCAGUUCCUGCAGUAAACUUGUGCUGUUUACAACUGAUUCAGGAGUUAAACAAUGCACAUCACAGUAAAUGUGCCUUAAAAUUCUGUUCCUAACUUGCCUUUUGAGAUUCACAGCUCAGUGUAUCAAAACACAAAUAAUAGAUUUGAGUUUAUUAUGGAUCUGUAUUGAAAUCUCAGGUAUGAAACAAGUAGCCAAGAAUAAAUAUUUUGGUUUCCUUUGCUGUAACUUUGAAUUUGUACGCAAUACAAUCAUUAGUGAAAUGAAAAGAUGAAACUGAGAGUUUGAUCUUUCAUGUACGUACCAGGAAAAACUACUGCAUACAUGUAACUUGUAAAAAAUGUUUGUUCAUGUUUACAUGUCAUUGUUGGAUGUAAAUAUUUUUCUAAUUCUGUUUUGACCAAAUAUAUUCAAAUGACACGGUGAAACGAAUGACCUUUGGAUGAUGGAAAUGUAGUAAAUUUAAUUUAAAUAAAAUUGUCUACUUUGUUUC